GCUGAGGCCCAACCAGGGAGAGGCGGGGCCAAGGCCAGGGCCUGACUAAACCUGGAGACUCCGCUGGCUGAAGGGGCUUCAUCUCAGCUGAGGACCGAAGAGCCGCUGGCGGCCGCGGAUCUUACAGCCGCUCGGUGUUUUUAGAACUUCAGCUAUAAAAAUGGGCAGGAUUUUCCUUGAUCAUAUUGGUGGUACCCGUCUGUUUUCCUGUGCAAACUGCGAUACGAUCCUGACCAACCGCUCAGAACUCAUCUCCACUCGAUUCACAGGCGCCACUGGCAGAGCAUUUCUUUUUAACAAGGUAGUUAACCUGCAGUACAGUGAAGUUCAAGACCGGGUCAUGCUCACUGGCCGCCACAUGGUUCGAGAUGUGAGCUGCAAAAACUGCAAUAGCAAACUGGGAUGGAUCUAUGAGUUUGCCACUGAAGACAGCCAGCGUUAUAAGGAAGGCCGUGUGAUCCUAGAACGUGCGCUAGUUCGAGAAAGUGAGGGCUUUGAGGAGCAUGUACCAUCUGAUAACUCUUGAAGAAAAAGAGAUAAAUCCAUCUUUUUCCCAGGUCUUCUUCACUGAAAACAAAAAUCUACUUACAUACACUGUCACCUUAGCAUCAGAGUCGGAUUCAUGAACUGUGGAACAAGAGGUUGUGAGAAUCUAUGAUGGAACCUUUCUUUCCUUCUUUCUUUUUUUUUUUUUUUUUUAAUUUUCUAUUUUCCAUCCAACAGCAGUGUGUAGAGAGAAUAUUAUGCGGAUGCCGUUAAUUUUUUUUUCCCCUAUGUUUACAUCUUGAGGCAGAAUAGUCUAUCUGCAGCUACAUGGUGGGCUAUGUGAGGAAAAAUAUCUGGGCUAUUAGAGUGAAAAAGUGUUUUAUGUAAAUUUUGAAAGGAAAAUGUGUCAAGAGCAUGGUUCUUAAAUUUAUUUGGGCUUCAUUUUAAAACUUUUUUUUAAACCCAGUUAUUUCACUUGAUUUGCUAGCUUCAGAGAAGAGAUCCGAAUUUGUGACCAGCGCUAAAGGUUCAGUGUUAGUAUGGCUUGUGCUGGCCAUUGUGCCAUAUUCUUGUUGGAGAUGAACCGUAGCAUCAGAGCCCAUUCUUCCUUGUCAGUCUUGACCCAAAGAUGUCACCAUUCCUAGUUACUUGUCACCACAUAAUUGGUGUUGAUUGGAAACUUUUCCUGAUAUGGGGCAGAACUGCUUGGUUGUCUUUUCCAUGUAACUUAAGCAUAGUAAUAUAAAUAAAGUAAUAGUUGGA